GUGCACACAGGUUGAUCAACAGGAGUUACUGAACAUUAGGGAAAUUAGACAUUUUCAAACUUCCAAAUGUAUUUAUUCCUUGAUGAGGGGGUCAUUUGUGUUAUUCCCUGAGCGUCUAGUUUGAGAUUGCGUUUUUGGAAAUCUGAUUGAGCGUACCAAAGGUAACAUACUCCCAAGAACACUGUCUUAUUAGCCCUAUUAAGCUAAAUUUCAUAAUGCCCUGAGAGACCCUCACACAGUCUGCACCUAUUUGUCUGACAUCCCCAGGACGGUCAAACCCAUCCGCCUUGGCUGAUAGGGAGAUGGCCUUGGAUUCAGACAGCGACAACAGAGGUUCGUCACGAAGCGCGCAUGAAAAACAUCCUCGGGCGGCGUUGGAGCGCGGCGGCUAUGUAAGAGCACGUGUGAAGCCCCUGCCACGGGACGCCGACGACCAUCAGUCGUGGACGAGUAGCGGAGCAGCCGUGACAUGGAGGAGUUUCCGAGGAGCGUCGUCUGCCGUCUGCGUGGCUUCAGUCUCGCUUAUUCUCGCUCUGCUGCUCAGAUUGGUCGGUUGGGACGCAGGCCUGGUAGGCGCACUACAUUACAGCCACGAAAAUAGCAGCGAAUCCCGUCCUGCUCGUCGUCGUCUUCAUUGUGCAGCAGCAGCGGUAGCGAGCGGCGCUGCUGAGCUCCUCCUAGCCGCGUGGUACCUGCUUUCUCCCGUGUUUACCCUCGCAUGUGCCUUCUUCUGGAUCGGGCUUUAUCUGCGUCGCCGCGGGGUAGGGGUCCGGACGGCGGUGUGGUCGCUGGCGGUGUGUUGCCUGAGCGAAGCGGCGGCACAGAGCCUCCCGUCCCGCGGCCGCGGUGCAGAGGAGCAGCUCGUGUCUCUCCCGGUCACCCUGGUGGUCCUCGGCUGCCUGGCCGGUGGGACUCUGCAGGUCGUCACGGGGCUGGCCCAGGGAGUGUCCUCGCUUGUCUUCAUCAGCGGCAUCCGGGUGGUCUCACUCGUGUCUCUGAGAGGAGUCGGGGCCUGCUGGAGACCCUACCUGGCCUACCUGCUGGGGCUGCUCGGGGUUUUGCUUGCGAGGUAUGCUGACCGGCUCCUGCCGGCCUCAGGGACCAGCGGGACGGGGUGCUGUGGCUCUGUGACCGGGGCGAAGGAGGAGGACAUCCCGGUCUUCAAGCGGAGACGGAGGUCCAGCUCCAUAGCGGCCUCGGAGAUGAUGGCUCAAGCGCAGAGCAACAGCAAGUCCCACCGCAGGACCUCGCUGCCCUGCAUUCCGCGGGACCACCAGUGGUCGGGGGCGAGCGUGGCGGUGGACUUGGCGGUGAUGGGCGAGGCCCAGGGGCUCAUCUCCGACAUGCUGGCCGACCCCUCCCUCGCCCCCAACACCUGCAGCUCCCUGAAGGCCGUCAGCACCCUCCUCAGCACCCAGUUCUCCCUGCGGCCGCUGCACCGGCCCCGCUUCCCCACCGACCCGCACCUCUGCUCCGACACCGAGGAGGGGGGCGGGGGAGGAGGCGGUGGGAGGGUGGAGAAGCUGGCCCUCCCCAAGCGUCUGAGGCGUAGCCUGCCCCCGGGGUUACUGCGGAGGAUCUCGUCGACCUGGACCACCACCACCUCAGCUACAGGGCUGCCCACCAUAGAGCCAGGACCAGUACCCAGAGACCGCUCUGCCAGCAUCAAACUCAUCCCUGACAGUGAGUCGUGGAACAACUCCCUGAUGCUGACCAUCUCUAAAAGCCGCUCCAUGUCAGCCUCCUGCGCUGCUUCCGUCACCUCCAACCACUUCUACAGCAAACCACUGGCAAGAACAGGUUACCCUCCCCCCCCGGCCUCCCCCCUGGGUUCACCCUGCCCCUCCCCCCCACCCCAGGCCAGCCCGCUCUCCAGCCCCAUUGCUAAGACCUGCCCCGUGGAGCUGCCUGAGCCAGUCAGACCCCCGGCGGAGCGCACCCCUUGUCCCGGGGCCCCCAGGAGCCGCCAUCGAGCCCUCACACACAGCCAGAGCGCGCCCAGCUCCACCACCCUCCACUGGAGACCCCCCUCGCUCUGUACCGGCUGUGGCCGGCCCCUCAACAAUCGUCUGAACCAUGGCACAGAAUCUAUAGACAAAGAGGAGAGAGUCCACCACACGGAUAAGCGUGCGGUUGCUUCAUCGGACUACGACAGCACCUACGACAGCACCUUCGAGACCAACCACAGUGACAGCAGCGACUUUGCACAGAACGAUGAAGAGGGGGAAGGGGGGGGCAAGAAGCCCCCCGAGGUCCGGGAUGGGCCCGGGCCGUAUCGGAACGAGGGCAUCAGUCUCCACCCCCUUGUCCCUGAUUCCCCCGAGAAGGAGAAAGCCUCCCAGGCCCUGGAGGUGGUGGGCCUCCCCGACCUGCAGCCCCUCAUGGCGCAGCUCAACAGCUGGAACUUCCCCAUCUUCAGCUUGGUGGACAAGACCCACGGCAAGACCGGCUGCAUCCUCAGCCAGGUGUCCUACAAGCUGUUUGAAGACACAGGUCUGUUCGAGACAUUUAAGAUUCCAGUGCAAGAAUUUAUGAACUACUUCGGUGCUUUGGAAAAUGGAUACAGGGACAUCCCAUACCACAAUCGGAUUCACGCCACCGACGUAUUGCAUGCAGUGUGGUACCUAACCACUCAGCCAAUCCCCGGCCUGACCCACCAGCUGGAGGACAGUAGCACACACCCAGACUCUGCCAACGGCCUCAGCCCCAGCGCCACCGGCCUGCUGUGCUCCAAGAUGAGCCCCCAGCAGGGGGAGGGCUACGGCUCCCUGGCCGGGCUCAUCCCGGCCCUGGAGCUCAUGGCGCUGUACGUGGCCGCUGCCAUGCACGACUACGACCACCCGGGCAGGACCAACGCUUUCCUGGUGGCCACCAGCGCCCCACAGGCGGUUCUGUAUAACGACCGCUCUGUGCUGGAGAACCACCAUGCGGCGUCCGCCUGGAACCUCUUCAUGUCGCGGCCAGAGUUCAACUUCCUCAACAACCUGGAGCACGGGGAGUUCAAGCGCUUCCGCUUCCUGGUGAUUGAGGCCAUCCUGGCCACCGACCUCAAGAAACACUUUGACUUCCUGGCUGAGUUCAACGCCAAGGUGGGCGAAGAGGGCGUGUCCUGUAUCGAUUGGACCAAUGAAAACGACCGUCUCUUGGUGUGCCAGAUGUGCAUCAAGCUGGCAGAUAUCAACGGUCCGCUGAAGUGUAAAGAGCUGCACCUGCAGUGGACCGAUGGCAUCGUCAACGAGUUCUACGAACAAGGUGACCAGGAGGCCAGCCUUGGCCUCCCCAUCAGCCCCUUCAUGGACCGCUCGGCGCCCAAGCUGGCCGAGCUGCAGGAGUCCUUCAUCACGCACAUCGUCGGCCCCCUCUGCUCCGCCUACGACUCGGCCGCGCUCAUGCCCGGCUGCUGGGUAGAGCGCCGGCCGAGCGCCACCGCCACCGUCACCCCCACCACCACCACCACCAACACCCCCACCAAGGACGUGGAGGCCGGCGACGUCGGGGAGGAGCUCGAGGAAGUCGAGGAUGAGGAUGAAGACACGGCAGAGGAAGACGAUUCGACCAGCUCCGACACCUCCCAGAUACAAGACCCUCUGCGGAAGACCAGGAGAAAAGUAUUUUGCCAAAUCACACAGCACCUCCUCGACAACCACGAGAUGUGGAAGAGGGUCAUCGCCAAGGAGAGCCAAGAGCAGGCCCAGAAAGAGGAUUCAAACUGCCUCAGUGGCCCCGGCGAGCCAAUCACAGCCAUCAUUCACGAGGAGGAGGAGGAGUCAGCAAGCAAAGAGGAAGAGCCGGUCAACGGCAUCGAGGAAGAGGAUGAGGUAGAGCCGAUCGAGGGAGAGGAAAUAUUUCCAGAGACAUUGGUGGAAAAGGAGGAGUAGCCAAACGUAUCCUAUUUUCUGGUUGUUUAACGAACUUUGAACUUCGACCUUUUAAACUAAUACAAUUUAUUUCCUUCUUUUUGAUAAUCUCUUGAUGCGGUAGCCAGCACAUCACCUUGACACAACACUGUAGAAGAUGUUCCGGGUAAUUUGUGCCUCAGAAAAAAAAUAACAGGGUGGAGAUUCACGGAGGACGUCUGCU